CUACGUUCCGGUGGAUAAAUGAUGCACAGGUGGCCAUGAGCUGAGUUUGAGUGAUUGCGAGAGUUCCAUUGCUUCUCGGCUGGGCGUCACGAUGGAUUCACACAUACCUCAAUUGCUGGAAGUCAUUCCAGACGCCCGCGAAAUCAGUGCCAUCAGCUUACACACGCAGUCGCCGUGGGCGAAGGCCUUCCGAGUCAAAGCAGUGCACUUUGACGGAACUGACGGGCUUUAUUUCAUGAAGGUUUCCGAGGGAGACCAUGGUCAUGAAGCACUUAAGGGCGAGUUCGAGGCGACGAAACAAAUAUUUACAAUCGCCCCCGAUUUCUGCCCGAACCCCAUCGCGAAAGGCACAUUCAAAACUGACCCUGGUUCCCAUUUUUACAUCUGCAAAUUCUAUGACCUAUCUGACGGGGUUCCUGAGCCAAAUUCCUUCUGUGAGAAACUGGCGAGAUUGCACUCGGCCCACAGCUCGCCUCAGGGAAAAUUUGGCUUUCAUGUGACAACGUACAAUGGCAAUUUGCCCCAGGAUAAUACUUGGCACGACAGCUGGGAAGAAUGCUUUACCAACGGAUUGAAACAUGUCUUCAAGGUCUACAAGGAGAGAGCUGGGCCAAAACCAGAGCUUGAAGCAAUGCUUCCGGAUUUCUUCCAAAAGGUCAUACCACGGCUUCUGAGACCACUGGAAUCCGAGGGUAGGAAAGUGCAGCCAUCUUUGGUUCACGGGGAUCUGUGGUGCGGCAACGCUGCGAUUAUUGAUGAGAACACCGAUGAAGGCAUUGCGUUUGACCCAGCCAGCUUUUGGGCUCACAAUGAGUAUGAGUUGGGAAACUGGCGCCCCGAACGGAAUAUGUUCUCACAGCGCUACUUUGAAGCGUACCAUACCCACAUCCCAAAAAGCGCGCCUGAAGAGGAUUACGAUGACAGGAAUGCGCUGUACAGUUUGCGCUUCAACGCGAAUGGUGCCACAAUCUUCCCUGACAGAACCGAAUGCUUCCAAAUGGUCCUGGACGACAUGCGGAGAUUGAUUGACAAGUACCCACACGGACUCGAGACGGAACAGUAGUGCGGCAGACAGUGACUUCCAGGGCCGGUGAUAGCGGCAUAUCCAGAGGACAUGAUCAACAGCUGUUGUUCAAUGUCUGAUCAUAGCCAUUUUUUAAGUUCUGUACCUUAAAAGAGAUGCCAAAAUCUCCAUGAGAGUCUUUUUUUUUUUUUUUUCUUAUCUCCCUUUUUCCAACUGUGUGUUUUUUUGGCUCCUGUAGACUCCAGACAGGUGUAGAACCCCUUUAGGAAUACCUGAAUUGGAAAUUGAUUUUGCCAUUUUGUUGGCCGAGA